AUGCCUACUGCUGCUGAGAGAGCAAAAGCAAAGUAUCAGGCUGUUAUAGACAACCCGAAUAGGAAUGAUGCUUCAAAUUACAAAAACCGGAUGAUGACAACAAGGCACCCUUCUGGCGGUUGUGAUGUUACAAACUCGGUCACUCGUCGCCCAAGCCAAGGAAGUGAAAACUCUGACCACGGUCAGAUUCGAAAAAUGGUCAAAAAUUGGAUGUCUCGUCCGGCCUUCUAA